GAAGGAGCCAGUUGGUCAACUUCGUAGCCAUACGGUUCACUUAAACUAAUAGGCAUCCACUGCCUUUUAAGUUAUUAUUAUUUUUAAUUAUAGAAAUAGUUUUAGCCGAACAGGGGAGUUACCAGACGACCUCAGAAAGUAUUUUCAUAUUAUUCUGUCGAUGUCAAGUUCAAGCCCUAUCCUGAAGGUAAACAUUAGGCUAGUUUCAACGGUUUUGUUUUUCAAUAGGCCUAAUUAUUAUUAAAUGGUCAGGUUAUUUUAUGGCAAUUCGUUUGUUUAGACGGUUCGUACGUUAAUUGCCAAACCUUUGGUGUGGUCUAAUACAUUCAGGUAGCCUAUGCAAUGAGUGCAGGCAGAGCUUCACUUCUAAUAUGGGAGGAGCAUCUGGGUGCGGGAAAACGAAUAAAAGCGUGUUCACCAGCAAGUGUCACAGCGAUGUCAUCUCUAGGAAUAUGUGCGCAAGAUAAUUUGACUCCCCUCAUAAUCGUUCCAUCGGAUAGUCUUGGGUCAUCCCUUGGAUAUUUAUAAUAAUGAGCAAGAGGGAAUUUAGAUGUAGCACGGUACUAAGGAGUGUUGAUCAACAAGUAAGGUUUUAUAAUCAACAACUUAAGUUUUAUAAGUGUUUAAAAGGUACGCGUUUUUAAAGUUUGGAAUUGUAUACUGCAAUGAUCAGGGUGCAAUUACGCAUGUAGGUAACGGGUCGAAAACAAGAUUUACACCGGAAAAUAUGUGCCUAUGAAGAUGAGCUACAUCUUAAAGAACACGCCCUGAUAGAUGAAGUAGACAGAUAUAGGACCUAUGGGAGAGAGGGAGUCGGAGAUCUCCGUGUGCGGCUUGUGUCACUCUCUGUGAAGCCAGUUACCUGAGACACGUAAACUGCCCAACAUAUGGUGAACACACGCCAGCCGAAGAUUCUUCUAAGGAUAUCUUUUCACUUUUGUGACGGAACUUGACAUUAUUCUACGGGACACGGUAAAAUUAGCAAAUUUAAGGAUUUCCACCAACUGUGAGCAGUCGGUGUUUGCUCCUUACCAACUUCCCCCUAGUGUGUGCACGGUAAGAGGGGGAACAUGAGUAGAAAGACGCGUCGCUGGAUUUUUCACAUUUUUCUCUGCUUGGGGAUUGUGUAUUUGAAAAUUGGGGGCUUUUCGUCUGUGGUUGCUCUGGGGGCAAGUAUUAUCUGUAACAAAAUUCCCGGUUUGGCCCCUCGUCAAAGGACGAUCUGUCAAAGCCGGCCCGACGCUAUCAUAGUCAUCGGAGAAGGAGCACAAAUGGGAAUCAACGAGUGCCAGUUUCAGUUCAAGAAUGGACGGUGGAAUUGCUCUGCCCUUGGCGAGAUGACUGUCUUUGGAAAAGAAUUGAAAGUGGGCAGUAAAGAGGCCGCCUUCACCUAUGCCAUCAUCUCGGCUGGCGUGGCCCACGCCAUCACCGCGGCCUGCACCCAGGGCAACCUGAGUGGCUGCGGCUGUGACAAGGAGAAGCAGGGCUUUUACAACCAGGAGGAGGGCUGGAAGUGGGGCGGCUGCUCGGCCGACAUCCGCUACGGCCUCAGCUUCUCCAAGGUGUUCGUGGACGCGCGGGAGAUCCGGCAGAAUGCCAGGACGCUCAUGAACCUGCACAACAACGAGGUCGGCAGAAAGAUCUUGGAGAAGAACAUGCGGCUGGAAUGCAAGUGUCACGGCGUGUCGGGCUCCUGCACGACCAAGACCUGCUGGACGACGCUGCCCAAGUUCCGGCAGCUGGGCUACAUGCUGAAGGAGAAAUACAACCAGGCCGUGCACGUGGAGGCCAUCCGCGCCAGCCGCAACAAGCGGCCCAAGUUCCUCAAGGUGAAGAGCACCUUCCGCAAGCCGCAGGACACCGACCUGGUGUACAUCGAGAAGUCGCCCAACUACUGCGAGGCCGACCCGGUGACGGGCAGCAUGGGCACGCAGGGCCGCAUGUGCAACAAGACGGCACAGCAGCCCAACGGCUGCGACCUGAUGUGCUGCGGGCGCGGCUACAACACGCAUCAGUACUCGCGCGUGUGGCAGUGCAACUGCAAGUUCCUCUGGUGCUGCUACGUCAAGUGCAACACCUGCAGCGAGAGGACAGAGGUGUACACGUGUAAAUAAUGAGAAUAGUGUUUUUAUUGUUAUUAUUAAUAUUAAUGAUGGUUAAUAUAAAUAUAUAAAUAUAUUUAUUGGACAACUUAUUUAUGCACAUAUACGCACACAUAAUAUGUGUGUGUGUGUUCAACGGAUUGAAACGCAAGCUUGUAAGAUACAGAGUUCCCUUUCAGGGGUUGUUAUGGACAACUUGGGACGCGUCCGUGGGAUCGCUGUUUGGACAUGACUGACUGACUGGUCCUACUAGUGUCUCACUCCUGCAGAAGGACUAGUCAUGCUCACUGCGGGGACACAUGUGCACUUGCUGCAGAGACUGGAGAUGGCGAAAGGAUUUCUGCCAUGGACAAUGUACAGAAAGCUCUUUUGGAUCAUGAGCAACUUGUUAGUGUUGAGUGUUGGUACAGGGAUGGGUUCACUCGUUAAUGAACGUACAGCCUGUCUGCCAUCUGCAAAACCAUUGCUUUUUAUCUGUUUCUUUUCUUUGUAAAGGAUUAUCACUUUUCUGCUGUUUAUUUUGAUUUAAGUGGAUGGACUUUUUUUUACUUUUGGCAUGAAUUUAUUGAAACAGCAAUGACAAUAUUUAACUUUUUUUAUUUAGAGAAAAGAAACUAAUAUUAAUUUAUUUAAUGAGGAGACUACUGAUUUCUCAUUGUUUCACCAACAACAUUAGGCUACUUUUAAGUCAGAUUCCUUGUUUCUGUUUCACAAACAGCUUGAACGUAUUCACUGUUACUUUCUGACCUGCAAGCUCUGC